GCUAAUACUUUUUAGAGCGGAACGAAGCUCUGGCUAACUUUGAAACUCGGUUUUGAAAAGUUGGAAGUGUGUUCGGUUCGAGUUAGCCUCCGGUGAGGAUGUCGUGCCGAAGCGGAAUGGGGGUGGUUCGGGGGGGCACCUCGGGUCUACAACCCCUAAGAGCCACCGUUCCAUUCCAGCUACACAACAAAGCACAACCGGGCCAGAGAGAUGGCAAGACAGUUGACAAGACUAAAUCGCGUCCCCCCAAACCAAGCAUCCGCCGUACCCUGUCUCUGGACACCAUUGUUGGGCCCUACCUGCAGGGCCAGUGGCCCAAGGAACUGGACAGCCAGGGGAUCUAUUGCACAAAUGACAAGGCCACACAGACGCCCACCUCAUGGUCAGAGGAAGAGCAAGGCAGAAGGGUUGGUGGAGGGCACAAACGUUCCGCUUCCUGGGGCAGUGCUGAGCACCUGAGAGAGAUCGCUAAACUCAAACACCAGCUGCAGCAACGAUCAAAACACAGUUCCCGUGGGGGCCGUGAAAGAGACCGCCACCACCCACCCUUACCAGGGGGCCAUUCCCCUGGGACAACACAGACGAUGCCCCUGCCCAUCCCCCUCGUGCCUCUGAGCAGACUGACCCCCCGCCUGCGCCACAGCGUGGAGGGGCUCAACCUGGAGCUGGAAGGGGUCUUUGUGCGGGAGACGCCCGAGGAGCAGCACAGGAUCCUGGAUGUCCCUGAUGGCCACAAGGCGCCCGUCCCCCCACUGCGGGGCAGCAGCGGCUCCCAGAGUGACCUCUCACCCGCACUCCUCUCCGCCUCCUCCUCCCCGUGCUCCUCCCUCUCCCCCUGUGCUCUGGGAGAUGUAGCCCUGGAUGUGGACACAGACCUCGUCGGCCUUGGGAUGCUACAUCCAUCCCCCUCCCCGCCCUUGGGCAGUGUGGAGCCCUCUCCCCUGGAGCUGUCCUCCUCCCCACGUCCCAACAAGAGCUAUUCCUUCCAGAGGGAGCCGCCAGAGGGCUGUGAGCGAGUGCGCGUCUGUGAGGAGGCCCUUUCGCCCUUGUUGGACCAGUCCACCUUGUUCUCCUCCUGCCCUGACCCCAACAAGGUGAACUUCACGCCCCAUGGAGGGUCAGCCUUCUGCCCUGUCAGCCUGCUGAAGCCCCUCCUGCCCUCCAUGGACCUCCUGUUCCGCAGCCUCUCUGUCUCUCCUGUCACAGGGUGCUCAGGGCAGGGUGGAGCUCCCUACCAGCCCGCCCCUACUGGGGUGGGAGGGUACCUGGGGCCCCUCCCAGACUCUGCCACCACAGCCAUGUAAGAGGGGUAGACCCGUGAGAGAGAGCAAGAGCGAGAGAUGGAGAGGGUGGGUCAUGUGUGGGAGCGCACUCCACCGCUCCAUCUCAUCACCACUUGGUUUGAAUCUGAAGCAUCAUGAGGACUUCCUGGUCGCUUAAGAUUGAUUGUGGCCCCAAAAACUGUUCUAGAAAAAUAACCAAAUCAUCAGUAAAGAAAAAAAAAACAACACUCUUGAGAGCCUGAGUUGUCUGCAAUUUGGCUCAUUGAGAUUGACGCCAAAGUCACCAAUGUGCUCUGCUUCCCCUGAGCUCCCCAACUGGGGACUGUCACCAGUGUCCAGCUGAUGUUACAAUUUACCAAGGAAGGAUCAAUCAGGGAAUCAGUUUUUCUGAGGUGUGCCUUCACUCUCCCCCUCAAAAGCCUUCAUUCUUAAGUAAGUCUUCCUGUAUCACAGUUCAGUGAUGGUUGUUAAUUUCAGUUCAUGUUCCCUUUUAGAAAAAAAGGGCAGUGGAUGAGGACUUCCUUGUAUCUCCGCUCACAUCCGUAUUCAGCACACACGCCAGCUGGCCUUUGGCUUGCAGUCUGUUGGCCUUUAGACAAACUGGUCUGAAAGGGAUAUCUGAUGAAUCGAGUUCCCCAUUAAACCAAGAAGGCUUUUUUCUUGUCUUUUCCUUUUUCAUUAAAAAACUUGGUUGUUGGGUAGAGACUGUCUCCCACCUCAUAACUAUGUUGAGACUUAUGAAAUAUGGUACAAAGGACAUACCGUCCCAGAACAUGAAAACAAACUGCAUUUCGGGAAUGACGAGAUCUGACAGCUUGUGCAUUUCUUCACCAUGCUAGUAAAUUGUGGGAUAGUUUGAUUAGCACUUCGAGAGGAAGGCCUCCUUGAUGGCUGGCGCUUCGGUUUGGCAGAGGGAGUUGGCAAUUAGACCUCGAAAAAAAAAGGGUCCAGUUUCACGAGGCUGGGUUUCUGAAACUGUCUUUGUUGUUCUUUGUCAUACCUCACAUCACAUGCAGUCCUAUGUAACUCGAGCUAAGUUUGUCAAAGCUUGACAAGGUGUGAUGGUAGAUGAGGUUCUAGGUCAGCCAGUCAUCUUUUGAUUCGUUGCGCAGUUGUCACUUUAUUUAGUGACACAGUAAGUGAUGAACUUUUUUAAAAAAAAAUGUUUCUUUCAUCAGUUUGCUGUACUGUUCCCCAUUUUGAUCUGUUGGGUUUUGUUUGGCUUGCACUGAUGCUCAUUUUGAGAGUUUGCAUACCAGAGCUGAGUCUUUCUCUAGUUUCUCUCCUAAUGAGUGAACAAUCUUGAAACAAGCGGCCCUCAGUGCCUGCUCGUUUACUGCCUGCAACCUAUGGCUUUGUGAAAUGAGUCUUUGGUACCUAACAUCUGUUCGCUCCAAACUCUACUUGUAAGUAUGUCUCCUCACUGUGUAAAUCCAUUGCCUCACUAUAAUGCUGUUGAAAGUGUAUUGCAUUUAUUUAAAUUAUACUUUGAAAUAGAGGAACCAAGACCACUGAUGCCAAAUCUGGCUGUUUUGAAUAUUUAAAGAUAUUUAUUUUAGACCUUCAGCUGAAAGGGAAAAAUUCCUUUUCUUUAAAUCAUAAAACAUAGGAAUGGGAAGUCUACCAUGUAAACAAAUAGGCAGACAGGGUUAUUAAUUUCAU